AGUUUAUUUGCCGCUCACUACACAUGCGCAGUAGCAACUGUGCGUGUACGAAGACUGCGAUAUGGCAGCUUGUAGACAACUCGUCUUAAACCCUCUGCUGCUCAGCUCCAAGACUAAGAAAUGGCCUGCUGCAUCUCCAGCAGCAACACGGGCCUUCCACUUCACUGUUUAUGGAAGAAAGGACUCAUCUGCUAAAGUUACUAAUUCUAUUUCUACUCAGUAUCCUGUAGUAGACCAUGAAUUUGAUGCUGUGGUGGUUGGUGCAGGGGGUGCAGGAUUAAGAGCUGCCUUUGGUUUAUCUGAAGCAGGUUUCAACACAGCAUGUAUCACCAAGCUGUUUCCUACCAGAUCUCACACUGUUGCAGCCCAGGGUGGGAUAAAUGCAGCUUUAGGUAACAUGGAAAAAGAUAAUUGGAGGUGGCACUUCUAUGACACAGUAAAGGGCUCUGAUUGGUUGGGUGAUCAGGAUGCCAUCCAUUAUAUGACUGAGCAAGCACCUGCUUCAGUUAUUGAGCUGGAAAACUAUGGGGUGCCUUUCAGCAGAACAGAUAGUGGGAAGAUCUAUCAAAGAGCUUUUGCAGGGCAGAGCCUCAAGUAUGGAAAAGGUGGGCAGGCUCAUCGUACAUGCUGUGUGGCAGACCGGACUGGACAUUCAAUGCUGCAUACUUUAUAUGGGAGGUCUCUGAAAUACGACACCAGCUACUUCAUAGAAUAUUUUGCUUUGGACCUGUUGAUGGAAAAUGGUGAAUGCCGGGGGGUGAUUGCACUUUGCCUGGAAGAUGGUUCCAUACAUCGUUUCAAGGCAAAGAAUACAGUUCUAGCUACUGGGGGAUACGGUCGUACCUAUUUCAGCUGCACUUCUGCACAUACUUGUACAGGUGAUGGCACCGCCAUGGUUACGAGAGCUGGGCUUCCCUGCCAAGACAUGGAGUUUAUACAGUUUCACCCCACAGGUAUCUAUGGGGCUGGCUGUCUGAUUACUGAAGGAUGCAGAGGAGAGGGAGGAAUCCUGAUCAAUGGUGAAGGUGAACGGUUUAUGGAAAGAUAUGCUCCAGUAGCAAAAGAUUUGGCCUCGAGAGAUAUCGUCUGCCGCUCUAUGACUAUUGAGAUUCUGGAAGGAAGAGGCUGUGGGCCAGAAAAAGACCAUGUGCAUCUUCAGCUUCACCACCUUCCACCUCAGCAGUUGGCUACCCGCCUACCAGGCAUCUCUGAAACAGCCAUGAUUUUUGCUGGGGUUGAGGUCACGAAGGAACCGAUACCCGUCUUACCAACUGUCCACUAUAACAUGGGUGGUAUUCCAACUAAUUAUAAAGGACAGGCACUUAUCCAUGUAAAUGGUGAAGACAAAGUGGUACCAGGGCUGUAUGUAUGCGGUGAGGCUGCGUCAACUUCUGUCCAUGGUGCUAACAGGCUGGGUGCAAACUCUCUUCUGGAUUUGGUGGUCUUUGGUCGUGCAUGUGCUCUUACCAUUGCAGAGCUACAUAAACCUGGUGAGGCAAUACCUCCUAUAAGCCAGAACGCUGGAGAGGAAUCAGUUGAAAAUCUAGACAAGAUACGCUUUGCCAGUGGAAGUACUAGAACUUCAGAACUCAGAAUCAACAUGCAGAAGGUAUUGCAAGAGCAUGCUGCUGUGUUUCGAACUGGUCCUUUGCUGAAAGAAGGGUGUGAAAAACUGAACAAAAUCAAUGCUGCCAUGGAUGACAUCAAGACAUUUGACAGAGGUAUUGUUUGGAACACAGACUUGGUGGAGACACUGGAGUUACAAAACCUGAUGCUAUGCUCCCUCCAUACUGUUUAUUCUGCUGAAGCACGGAAGGAAAGCCGUGGAGCUCAUGCCCGAGAAGACUACAAGGUGAGGAUUGAUGAAUAUGAUUUUUCUAAACCACUUCAAGGCCAACAGAAGAAACCUCUCACUGAGCAUUGGAGGAAGCACACAUUAUCAUUUGUGGACAAGAAAGGCAAUGUCACUUUGGAAUACAGACCCGUCAUUGACACAACUUUAAAUGAAGAAGACUGUGCAUCUGUCCCUCCUGCUAUCCGUUCUUAUUAAUGUUCUACUAUCGCUACGCUUAAUUUGAAGUGUGCAAUAGUUAUAUCUAAUGAUAAUAAUAAUUCACUGACUACACUAGCUCUAUAAUCUCACUAGUUACGCUGUUCUGAUUAAACACUUGCACAAAAUUGAUACAUUGUCAUUCUGAAUACAUUAUGACACAGUUUUGCUUUAAAUUCAAUAUAGCUAUUUACUAGUGUAAUUGCUAGUUAUUUUAUUGUUUUGCAGUGUUUUUUUUCACUCAUUUGUUACCUCCACCAUUUUUCCUCUACACUAGCUUUUCCUUUUCAGUAAUAGUUCAUAAAAUGUUUGAACUGAAAAAUUAUUAUUAUAUGGAAUUCCACAAAGAAGGGUUUCAUAGUAGUAAAACAUUGUUAAAUACCAAUGCUUUAAUUUACUGUGUGUCUUGCCAGUAUACUUAAAUAGUGAAAUAAAAAUAAAAUAAAUAAAUCAUGUGUACCUUA